AUGGCUGAUGGAAACUAUACAAGAAUCACAGAGUUUAUUUUCAUAGGCUCAAGGUAUCAUCCUCAGAUGCAAGUCUUCUUUUUCUUGCUCUUUCUACUUUUUUACCUUGUUACCAUGACAGGAAACUUGGGUAUGAUUAUUCUCAUCCAGAUGGAUUCCCGCCUUCACACUCCCAUGUACUUUUUUCUCAGUCACCUGUCCUUUGUGGACAUCUGCUUUUCGUCAGUAGUGGGUCCCAAGAUGCUCAGUGACUUCUUUGCUGAAAGGAAGGCCAUCUCCUUCUUGGGCUGUGCUUUGCAGCAAUGGUUCUUUGGGUUCUUUGUGGCCAUUGAGUGUCUUCUGCUGGCGUCCAUGGCCUGUGACUGCUGUGUGGCCAUCUGUAGCCCAUUAUUGUAUUCCGUUACCAUGUCGCAGAGCCUUUGCAUACAGCCGGUGGUUGGACCCUAUACUGUUGGGUUCCUGAGCACCAUGACUCAUACAACAGCUGCCUUCCGGCUUACCUUUUGCCGCUCCAACAUUAUCGAUCAUUUCUUCUGUGACAUGUCCCCCCUUCUUUCUCUGGUAUGUGCUGACACCCGGAUCAAUAAAUUGUUGGUUUUUAUUGUGGCUGGAGCCGUCCUGGUUGUCAGUAGCCUGACCCUUAUAAUCUCUUAUUUUUACAUCCCUGCCAUCCUGAGGAUCCGCUCUGCAGAUGGGAGGCGCAAGGCCCUUUCCACCUGCUCCUCCCAUCUCACGACGGUGUCCAUCUUAUACGGGACUCUCUUCUUUAUCUAUGUAAGGCCAGGAGAGGGAAAUGACUUGUAUAAGAUGCAGGAAGAGAAGCUGGGAUUAGAUGUAGCCAUUACCCCCAAGCACAUCCUGUCCCCACAGAAAGACUCCAGUCCACAUACACUGAGGGCAAUGAAGGACCAUGGGAGCUGGGGUAUUUUUAAAUCAGCUCUUGGAGUCAAUGGUACAGGAUUGAUCCGAGAAGGGUUAUUUUUCUGUCACUUUUCGGCCUGCCCUGAACAGUGGCAACAGAAGGUUCCAGAUAAACCUUUAGGCAAAGAGAUAAUGAUUGCAGGCAGGAAACCAUGGUCCAGCAGCUUACAGGAUCUGAACGCUGCCCAGAACUACAUGAGCUUGGAAGAAUUUGCUUCUUCAGUUAGUCUUCAGAUGAGAUUGAAGCCCUGGUUCACACUUUGA